AUGCCGACUCUGACAAGCUCCUGUCCCGCCGUAGCAGGGCUGUCCUGGGACCGCUAUAUCACCUCCGCCUGCGUCGGCCGCACCAUGUUCUGCGACCUUGAACGCUGCGCAGGCAUCCAGUAUCUCGACAGCUUUAGGGCUGUCUGUGGUGAAGUCAACAUCUUCUUCGCCAACCCCAUCAUCCCAUACUACUCUAGGACUGCACACGUCUGUCACAAUGACAUCAGAGGAACCAGGAACCCUAACGUCUCUGGCUGGCUCGAGUUCCGACCAAACCACAGCCUUUACCUCGACUAUGACGGUGACACCGUCAAGUUCACCAACCUCAAACUUCUCGUCGAAGAUAAAAAAUAA